GGCCGAAGCCGAUGCGGCCUACAGGCACUUUUCCGAGGGCAACCACCAUGAUGAGUCUCAACAACCCGUGAGGUUACAGGCCUUUGCGAGACGCCUCUCGUCAAGCAGGAGAUUCAUGCAUUGUGCAAUGAUGCUCAGGCAAGCCCAGGAUUCAUGCAGCGAAACGCGUCGGCCCGUGCGCGGAGCUAGUAGUGGCUGCUCGCAAUGUCUUCGACUGCUCAUGGCCACCACGCAAGCCUCCAGUCACUAUAGCUGCCCACGGAAGGCAUCGAUGAACAUACUGGUCGCAGCUUGCAGCCUAUGCUAUGUGACUUGUGGACAAAGAAAGUAGAUUGAUGGCAGCAACGAGCACGUACUUUCUA